UUUUAGUAUAAAUGGCUGUUCUUGUUGGAUUGCUUGAUUAGUUAACGCUUCGACGUUUCUUUCAUUGGAUUACUAAUUUGUGGAUUAUGAAGCCCUUCGUUACUUUAUUAAUGGUUUUGGCUGCUUUGGCCGCUUGCGGUCAAGCCCACACCGUACAAAAACGCUCUUUGGGCUCUUUGUUGGGUGGUGGCGGCAGCGGUGGUGCUGGUGGUCUUGGUGGAUUAAUCCAGGCUAAACUUAGCUUGUUAGGAAACCUUGGUGGUGGUGGUGGUGGCGGUGCUGGUGGUUACAGUGGUGGUCAUGCUUCUGCUGGUGGAUACAGCGGCGGUGGCGGCUACAGCGGUGGUCACAGUGGUGGCUACAGUGGCGGUCACUCCGGUGGCUACAGCAGUGGUGGUGCCAGCUAUGGUGGAGGAGCUGCCCAAAAGGUUAUUCUCGUAAAUGUUGUCAGUGAUUCCGGUGCUGGCGGUCAUGGUGGCAGCUACGGUGGUGCUUCUGCUGGAGGUUAUGGCGGUAGCUACGGUGGCGGUUAUGGUGGUUCUCACGGUGGCAGCUAUGGUGGCUCUCAUGGUGGCGGCUAUGGUGGCGGCUAUGGUGGUUCUCAUGGUGGCAGCUAUGGUGGCUCUCACGGUGGUGCUUCCCACGUUCAGGUUUACAAAGUCAUCCACCAAUCUGGCGGUGCUUCUGCUGGCGGUUAUGGUGGCGGUUAUGGUGGUGGUUAUGGUGGUGGUCACGGUGGUGCCAGCGCUGGUGGCUGGAGCCAAGGUGGUUCAUCCUGGUAAAUUUUAUAAUUCACCAGUUAAUUUCACCAAAAAGCAUAUCCACAAAUUAGUGUUAAUUUAGUAGUUUAAGUCAAACAAAAUAAACAAUAUAAAUUUUUUUCAAAAACAAA